GUUCGACUGCCAAGAUGGCGGCCUCUUGGCGAGAGAGCAUUGAUAGUCUAAUAUCAACUGCUUCUUCACCGAAGUCUUCUAUUCCCGUAAUAUGUGCAACGAUAUGUAAAAGUGAGGAUUUGAUAUUUGAAGAUGAUGAUGAAAUUGAGGGGUUUAUACCACCAUUUGUAGCCCUUGCAUCUCAUAGCAUUGGCCUAAACAUCAGUCAAUGCCAUUCACACAUGACUAGCAUCCUUAAUGCAUCUAAAAUACUUCUGAAGUUUUGUCUGAAAGAGUUAAAGAAGACAAAAGACUUUUCUAUUUUGUCAAAGAAACAGCUGGUAUCGAUAAUUGAAGGUCUAUGCAAAGGCCAUGGUUCUCUUCACAAAACAGACAUCAUUGAUUUUAGUAACCUUCUCAAAGUUGCAACCAUCCCAUCUAAACUAGAAACUGUCACAGAGGACAAGAAUAUACCAAAUAAUGAGGUGUUUCAAAAGGGAUCAUUUUUCCACACAUUACAGAUGGCAUAUGCUGCUCAUGAAGAGGAAUCUUUUGAAGAUCAUAGUAAAGGAUCAGAGUCAGACAAGUCUCAAUUUAUUGAAGAAAGAGAAAGGAGAGAUGCAAAGAGUCACUUUUCUAAUCAUAAUAUCAGUGUUGUCCGUGAGCUGUCUGGUGGUCAGUUGCUGUUAGAUCUGUGUUUAGCAUUGCCCAAUCUUUCCCAAAUCAGUGCACUUUAUGGAGUUAAUCUAACUGAACAGCAACAAGUUACUCUCAACAGUAUAUCUAAAAUGACUGUCUCAGAGGCACCUAAAAUGACUCUCCCUAUUAUCCAGGAGCUAUCAUCAGAGCUUGUUCUUAUAUGCAGUAUAGUGUCCCUACCAAUUCUAGAGCCCCUGACAUUAAGGCGUAUCAACAAGAUUGUUCUUUUAGCCCUGUGUUGCAUUGAUACUGCCCUGAAAUUAGCUACAGGAAAUUUUGUCAUGGGUGAUGGCAUAGCUGCAGGGAAACAGACAAAGUCUUUUAAAACUGCUUCAAAAACUGUGAAAAUGGAUGAAGAACUUUUUGAAAAAUCAGUGGAAAGCAUAGUAGACACAAGCUUGAAUAUCUAUGACACUAUUUGUCAUGUGAUUGGUGUUUCAUCACGUACUGGUGGCCAAACACUACAAAAUCUACACCUGAUGACAGUGUAUACCGUAGAAAAGAGUGUGAAGGCUGUAUUAGAACUUGAUGGAGCUGUUAAGAGCCCAACAUUCAAGGAACUCGCAAGCUUUAAGAUAAAAAGUUUGCAAGGUAGUAAUGCAUAUGUGGCUAGUAUAGCUUCAAAAGGUAUCAUUCUGCUUGCUUCCCUUAUGGAGGAAUUGCAAGUUGAAGGCGAAGGAAUGGAAUCAUCUGAUGAUGUCACCUGUGGACAAGAUAUCACUAUCACAACCAACUGUUCUGCUCGUCAUAGAGUUAAAAGGCUAUUGCAAGAUAUUCCACUGAUGCAGAUGCUGUUGAAACAAUUCUCUUCCUUGUAUAAAAAGGCAUUCAGCAUACAAUCCUUUCAGAGCUUAGCUAAACCUAAAGCAAAGGCAGACAAGUCCAGGUCCCCAAACACCUCAUCAUCAGAUGAUGCAGACAGUGAAUACAUCUCUUAUUCAGAGGAUAGUAGUGAAGAAGAGGAAUCAUUAUUUGGCCGAUGGUUUGAGUCAACAUUAGCCUGUCCAGAAAUGGCUGAACAGCCCUGCAGUAAGAGCACAAAGACAUCUAAAGAUGAGAAACAACCUGAAGAUGAGUCAAAUCCUUCUACAUGUAAAGGAGCUCACAAGUUUCUGUCACUGGCAACUAACACACUGCAGUUUGUAGUGAAACAUCUUCUAAUGAACUCCAUUCCUGAAGUACGGGAAUAUGUCAGGCUGUCUUUUACAGAAGAACAAAUGUCAGACUUUGCUGGAAUCCUAAAUGAACUUCAAACUGAUACAAACAAGCUAAAGCAUGUCCCAGGGUUUGAUAAUCUCUGUGCUGCCAUAGAUGAGACAAUCCAUUUGAUGUUGGUUGAAGAACUACUGCCAGAAGAAUAUCAGGAUUCCUUGCUUGUCUUCCUUGGAUUGUCACCCAAGUGCAAGGACAGUUGGCCUUUGAGAAUCCAGUCAACAAGUCUGGGAAUCUUAGCAAGGGUUUUGUUAGCUAGACAACAAAAGGCAUUCAAGAUGAACAAAGGAAAUAUGGAUAUUCCAGAGUGCACUGGUAUUUGGUUCAGGCUGAUAGAUACACUAGAAAAGGCUGCAGUAGCUGAACUUGCAUUCCUGGAAAACCAAGAUUUGAAUGUUGAACACCUGCAGCUUCUGUUGUUUGUGUUCCACAAUCUAUCGUUAUCUCAGCGUGAAAAGAUAAUGGUCUUGUGUGCAAAGGCAUUGAUUAGAGUGUCAAACUUCCCUGAUCUAGCCAAAACUGUUCCGGUAGCAUUAUCAAGAUUAUUGCUUAUACAAGAUUAUUUUCUGCACCAUUUUUCUAAUCCUCCAAAAGAACUCUUCACACAGGUGCAGAGAAACCUCUUUAGACCACACAAUGCUAUUGGCCCAGUCAAUGAAGAGGACCCCUUAGCAGAGAUAAUGUACUUUAUUUUCAUGAGUCAAGAAGAACAUAACUAUCAGCAUGCUUGUUUGAAGUACUACACUGCUAACGGCAAAACUGUAAAGGCUUGUGAUGUGAUUACUAUGUUCCCAAGAUUCUAUGAUAUUAGACCAGCAGAAGGUUAUCAAAAUCUUGACAGUAAGGCAUGUGAAAUACUGUUGCACAUGGAAGAUGAAGCAAGCAGUUACAAUGAAUACUACUCUGCAGUAUUGACACUGCUGAAAGCAGGAAGAGAAUGUGAUAAGAUGUUCCAUUCUGGUGAGGUUGAAAUGACACCAUUAGAUGCAUCAUUCACCAGGCAUAGCUUUGGACUCUGCUGGAGGUUACUGGGAUGUCUUCCUCCUUCUUUAAAGUACUUUAAAAGUUUGGCUGGAGAAUUGGAUUAUUGCAAUGAAAACGAUGUUGAUUUACAGAUGUCAGUGAUGUUGUGUAACCUAAGAUGGUUAGCAAGAUUUUGUUCAAAGAUGGAGCCCAAAUACUUGGACACAUUUAAGGGUUGGCUACUACAACAAGGCAUGACAAUGUAUGAAACUCAAUAUCUACUUGACAAAGUGGCCAAAAAUGAUUCAACUCUGCAUUCAAGCAUCAUCACUGCUAAAAACUACUUAGAAAAGGUUUCAGAGUCAUAUGAUUCAGCUGAGAUCUCCAGCAUCUCUCAACUCCCAAGUAUCUUCUGUAUUACUCUCCUCGAUGUCGUUGUUGCUAAAACACACAUAGCACUGAGCAAAAUCUUUGGUAACACUGAGGAAGACCCAGACUUGACUCAGAUCAUGCAAGUUGCUAAGGACCUGGUGCCUACAUUAAUCAAACUUGUACCCAUUUACCAGAAAUUUGCCAGGUUCUAUGUACUGUCACAUGCUGCUAAUGAACAGAAGAAAAGCGGCACUUUACCAGAUGAGAAAAAGAGUGUUCUGUCAGAUGAUGCUCUUGCAGCAUACUCCAAUGUUAUCCAAAUAGGCUGCAUGAGAUUACCCAAACAGUCCUCUCUAUCAAUGGCUGUCGUAGCAGGGUUGCCUACAAUUAUACAAAAUGCACUUGAAAAAUGGAAUAGCACCCUUCUUACACAUUUUCCAUCCACUUCCUCUUGGAGUAACAAUGCUGGUGAUGAAGGGAACUCAGUUUCCAUAGAAUCAUUCCUUGAUUCUCUUGUGUCUGCCCAGAUGUCAUCCAUGGCUGCCAGCAAUCCCUUUGAAAUGGCACCAGGCUUGAAACAUUCUUUACAGUCACUUGUACAGCUCAUUGCUGACCUUGUCAUGUGGUGUCCAAAGGAACAAGGAUCAAUACACAAUCUGUAUGGCAAAGAGUUGACUGGGAACCUCUGUCCAUUAUUGUUGGAUGCUACAACUGAGUACCUGAAUGAAACAGCUACAGGAAUUCUGGAAAGGAUUGUAGGACCUGCUGAUGGGGAGCAAUUUGCCACUAACAUCCAGUUUUAUGUCUUGUUAAAUUGUCAGAAGCUGCUAACAGAACAGUCUUUGGUAGAAAAAGAAAAAUCUGUUAUUGGUGAGGAAGUUAUGCUGGAUUGUUUGAAGUACAUAGAAUCUUUAAUGGAUAGGCAGUCUGGCCGCAGUCUUUUGGAGAGUUUCUACACAGAUGGGAGAGAACUCAUCAAAAUAAUCUUAUUAUCAUCAAAGUGUACAGUCUCCUUGACCUAUGUUAACAAGACACUCAAACUUGCUGUUAGGAUAUUACAGCUUGCAGAAAAACAUCCCUCAGAUUCAACCAUCAAAUCUCUUGCAAGGUGUUUCUCAGAAUUUCAAACAGUUGGUCCUCAAGAGCUUGAAGAGUGGCUAAAGAGAAUUGUGAUUGGAAUUGAAGAAGAUUGUGAAAACACUGGCAAAAUGGCUGACAACAGACUGUUGUUGCAAGCCUUUGCUUCUCAUCUUGUCAAAGAAGUAAGUUUUGUGAGUGAAGCAACUUGUACCAGCAUUCUUGAAGCUUUGGUACCUAUUGGGGAUACACUACUCUCUAUGACUGGUUCUGAAGCAGCAUGCAUUGGUGCUAAGCUAAGUGAUGUUAUUCAUACAGCUUCAAUAUUGGCUAGUGCAGACCAGGGAAAAGGCCAUUCUCUACUAUGUAAGGCAGCUAUUGGUUGGCUUCAAACCUGCAAAUCACAUCUUCAUAAUGAAGAGAUGGAUGUCAAAGCUGAAGGCACUAAAGAGAGUAGUGCCAUGGAAGUAGCUGCACCUCUGUUAUCGUACCUGGCUGAAAUGGUUCUUGCCCUGAAAUACGUCCUAGAACAAGACACGCCAACAUCUCCUACCUUAACCACACAGCAGGGCAGUAGUGAUUUGGUUGUACAAGACCUGGAGACUGAAUGGAUGGAUGAUAUAGCUGCCGAGGAAGAGGAAUCUGGAGGAGAAGAAUCUGAUGAAGAUUCUUUAUGCAAUAAGCUAUGUACGUUCACCAUCACUCAAAAAGACUUCAUGAAUCAACACUGGUACCAUUGCCAUACUUGUAAAAUGAAUGRUGGAGUAGGUGUCUGCACAAUAUGUGCUAAGGUUUGCCAUAAAGAUCAUGAUAUUUCUUAUGCCAAAUAUGGAUCAUUUUUCUGUGACUGUGGUGCAAAGGAGGAUGCAAGCUGUCAGUCUUUAGUAAAACGCACCCCAAGUUCUUCAAAAGAAGGUGGUUCAUCAACUGCAGCAGCAGCAUUUGCAAAUGGACAAGACUUAGAUGAAUGUGAUGAAGACGAAAAUGUUGGGAGAUCAAAGAAUAAUUUAACAUCAUCUCAGCACAUCUCUGCUAAUGUCAGUGGAGUUGGAACAGAUUUGGCUUCAGGUUCUUUAGAUGAAUGUGUGCAAGAUGAUGCAUCAACUCCUUCUAAAGCCAUCCAGACCUUGGCUAAGCAAAUUGAGAAACAUACAGAUGUUCUUGUGAAGCAGCUACAGGAUUGUUCGCUUAAUACCACAAUUAUUCGGCUACUACAGACAUUAAUUGGUCCGGUUAUAGAGAACUCAGGACCAUCCAGUCAGGCAACAGGAGCUGCUCAACUCAUUUAUAAUGCCAUGGAAGAUCUUCAUUCACUUGAUAAAACUGUAGAGACCACAGAACAAUUGAUGGUCCCAACUCUUGGGUCUCAAGAAGGUGCCUUUGAGAAUGUUCGUAUUACAUUUAGUGGUGAGCAAGGUCAAGCUAUACGACAGCUUAUUGGAGCACAUGUUCUCAGGCGUGUUGCUAUGUGUUGUUUAGCUUCUCCCAAAGGAAAGAGGCAACAUCUUGCUGUAAGCCAUGAAAAGGGCAAGAUUACAGUUCUCCAGCUGUCAGCACUUUUAAAACAAGCAGAUUCAAGCAAGCGAAAGCUGACCCUAACACGUCUAGCUACUGCCCAGGUCCCUUUCACAGUACUUUCCAUCACAGGCAACCCAUGUAAUGAAGAUUUCUUGGCUGUUUGUGGACUUAAGGACUGCCAUGUUUUAACUUUUAGCUCAUCAGGCUCUGUGGUAGACCACCUUGCAUUACACCCUCAGCUGGAGACAGGCAACUUCAUCAUUAAGGCUGUGUGGUUACCAGGUUCACAGACCGAGCUGGCAGUAGUGACUGCUGAUUUCAUCAAGAUCUAUGAUCUUUCCAAAGAUGCCCUGAGCCCAUUGUUCUACUUUGUUCUCCCAAGCGGUAAAGUCCGUGAUGUCAGUUUUGUCUUUCAUGAACAUGAACACAACAUGGUCCUGAUGUCAUCUACAGGCCAUAUUUACCAGCAGCCAAUGGAUGAUGACAGUAGUGCUACAGGAGGUCCAUUUUACCUAACUAAUAUCCUACCAGUACAACACUCAGAUCUGGAAGACACUAAUGGACAAGUGGCUGGUGGUGGGGUGUCUGUGUACUUUUCACACACAUUGCAAAUCAUAUUGUUUAGUUAUACACAAGGUAAAACCUUUAUGGCACCAUGGACUCCUGGACAAAAAGAAAUCCAGAAACUGUUCCCAAUAACUUUUAAGAAUAGCAACGGAGGUAAUAAAAAUGCCCAUGCUGCACUCUACCAGUGGAAUGAGGUACCUCAGCAUCCUGGUCUUGUUUGCUGCAUGACCCACACUAGUGGUAUACCUGUGGUGCUCAUGAUCAAACCUGGACAGGUCUUGAUUCAAGAGAUUAAAGCAGCUUCAUCUAAAUCAAAAACACAAGACAUGGUAGCUAUCCGUCACUCAGUGAACAGUUCUGAUCAACAGAGAACCACCAUGAUACUACUGUGUGAGGAUGGAAGCCUUCGUAUCUAUAUGGCUAGUGCUGAACAUACAGGAUACUGGAUGACACCAUCUUUCCAGCCAGCAAGACCUCUGGCAAUUCUGCAUCCGGCAAAAAAGAAAAAACUUUGCAAGACCAGAACUAAAUCUACUUCUGUAUCAUUCCCUAUUGAUUUUUUUGAGCACUGUCAAGUUCUGAAUGAUUUAGAGUUUGGUGGUCCAGACAUUUUGCAUGUAUACAAUGCACAGCAGGCAAAACACAGGCUAAUGACAGCUGGCAUGUACCUAGCAAGCACUAAGCCCAAUGGCUUUACAAUAGAAGUAGCUAAUACCAACCCAGGAUUAGUGAUGGUGGGUGUGCGUGUGCUGGUUGGCUGUCAAUCACUAGAGAAAGUCCCAUCUUAUAUUGAGAUCUUUGGUCGUGUUAUCCCAUUAUCUCUAACAAGGAAUCGAUGGUUUGACCUGCCUUUUACUAGAGAAGAGUCACUCUCAGCGGACAAGAAAUUUACAAUCUUCUUUGGCAAAUCUUCAGAUCCAUCAGGGGUAUCAAUGGUUGACUCUAUCAAAGUGUACGCCAAAACUAAAGAAGUAUUUGGAUGGCCUGACGACCCCCAGGAAGAGUUUGCUUCUAGUGGUGGAUCAGGAAUGGCUGGUCCAGCAAGUGUUGUACAGGAAAAGGAGAUGAUAACAUGUAUAUCACCUGCUAGCCCAUUUGAUAAGCUUGUGGUCCACCUGCUUGAAGUACUAGAUGGCUCCUUCUCCACAUUCUCUACAAUUGAUGAAUCAACAAGACAUCUGGCCCUAGACUUGGCAACAUUGCUGAUGACUUGUUCUAUUCCAUCAUACAUUCAAAACCAGGCCAAGACACUGCUAGCUACAUUACAUCCAUCCAAACUAUCUUACCAUAAUCAUAAGGACCAAGCUCAGCUCAAUCAAAUAACUCAGUACCUUAAAAACUACAUCAUUGCACAACAAGAAAAAAAACCAGUGAACCUGGACGUGGAGACUUUCCAGAGACUGGUGGUCAGUGGAAGAUCUGUUGCAAUGGCAAGACCAGCAAAUGUGUAUAAGUUUGCAUCUCUGUCUGAAACUGAUGGAAUCAAUCAUUUUGCAUCUCUAUUGGUUGAGGUAUUUUGGAAGAUUUAUGGCAGCUGUACACAAGUGUCGUCUAUUGCUCCUUUGUCCUCUAUUGGGUUGCAGGACUUGGAGUCAACAGUCACGGCACUAGUGGAUAUCAUUCACGCGUUCACCAUCUCAGAUAGUACUCAUGCACCCAUGGCUGUUGAUCUUUAUGUCAAAAUGUUGCUAUGCAAGGUGAGUCUAUGAAAACCUAAAUGCAUC